AUGACCGAGCCCCAAUUCCUUCCACUGAAGCCCGCCGACGAGCCGGAAACUUCUGGCGUUGUUAGCUUGGAAUGUGGUGUCUGCUACGAGGGCGGCGAUCCUGGAAUCAUGGUCGUUACCACAUGCGGCUCAAUCGUGUUCGGCUUCCUCGCCUUCGCCCACUGUCUCAUCAUCGGGCACACCGCCUACGCGGGCGAGGUUGACAAGGCGGAACGGGCAGCCCUGUUGGGUCUUUGGGUGAUGGAUGCCGUCCAAUUGAUUGUAAUGACCCGAAAAGCCUACAUUUGCCGAAAAUUUUGCCUGCGCGGGCCGGUCAGGCUGUACCCGCAAAAUCGCCUAGAAUGCGGAGUGUGCUAUGAAGACUGCGAUCCGGGAAUCAUGGUCGUCACCACGUGUGGUCAUCUAUUCUGCGCGAGCUGCAUGCGGGGACUUGUCGAAUUUGCGGCCAAGAAGAUGGCCGGGCUGCUGAAAUGCGCCGGGUGUCUGCGGCCGCUUAACUUAAAUGAGAUUAUCCCGCUGCAAGGGCAGAAGGGAGUCAAGAAUCCGUGGCUGAACGCCAAGAAUUUGAAGAUACCCCAGCCCAAAUUUGUGUACUACCAAGCCUCGAAGGAAUUCUUCCACCCGUUGGUCAUCCAAGCCUUUUUCUGCCUGCUGCUCGCCAUCGCCCACUUCGCGAUCGGCGCAUGCACGGUUUGGAAAAAGGAAUCCAGCAUCGCUGGCCAGAUCGGCAUGAUGUUUCUAUGGACGAUGGACUUUGCCCAAAUGGUAGCGAUGGGCUACUAUACCGCUUAUUUUCUUUACCAGUCGGCGAUGAUGAAUCAUCCCAAUCGC